CAGUGAUGGGAUCAAUAAUUGUGCACUUCUUAAGUUGUACAGAUAGUAAGGUGGUUAUUGCCUUGUACACUUUUUUUUAAUAUAAACGCCAAGAAUUCAGAGGGUUUUACUGCUCUGGACAUGGUGGACAACCAAGAGAUGAGGAAUAUGCUAUGCCGUGCCGGAGCAAAAAGUGCUUCAUCUCUUCCUACUAUUGUUUCUUGGGCAGAUUACUUCAGAUCUCGUCUCACAAGAAAUGAGAAGUUAUACAGAUGGUUCUUAUGUGGGAAAACGCUAUUGUCAAACGACAUGCGCAAUAUGCUGUUGGUGGUUGCUGUACUGCUUGUAACAAUCGCCUACCAAGCAAUACUCAGCCCCCCUGGAGGAUUUUGGCAAGAUAAUUAUAUUCCCGGAAACAAUAAUCAGCUCAAUAUCACAGCCGCCGCCGGCGCAAGUGAUGAAGUCAGUCAACCCCCACACCAGGUGGGGACAGUUACCAUGCCCGGACACUUUUUCCCUCUACACGUGGCUACUCUUGAUUAUCAUAGUCCUCCCUCCUGGGCUUCCUAGUCACCUGCUGAUCAUAUCCUUUGGACUCUUCUUUCUGUCCUAUGGCAUCUCUAUAUCAAUCACAGCUCCGCUUCCCUUUUAUUGGCUUCAUUAUUUUUUGUUUUUCUCUUUCUUUCUUCUGUCUAACAUUGCCUCGUUUUUCUUCGUAAUUUGGAAGAAUGGAAGAUCAAUUUUCAGGGCUUUCAUUGAUGCUGAAAAAAUGUUUUGAGCUACA